CAAAUAUCCUGAGGUUCUAAGUACUUUUACUUCUGCGUUCGCGGACAUUCAAAAGUAUUUGUGCCUCAUAUUUCAGUAUGGGCUGUAAAGAUGACUCCCACAACACGACUCAAGCAGAUUCAACGUCCGAAUCGGACGGACUAUGGCUGUCUAGAUCUCAUGCGAGCACACAGUUCGAUAGCGACUACAGUUUCAGUUCUGACGAUUUGUCAUUAAACCUCAUUGGCGAUAACAAGGCGUCUUCUGUUUAUGCCGUAAGUAGUGAUAGUUUUGUAGUCGAGGAAGAGGAUACGAGCAUUCACGGUGUACAGUUCGAUAGUGGUGACGAUGUCGAUUUGAUUCCAAAAAAAAAACAUCGACCCCAGUGAGGCAAUCCAAAAGACGACGUAUAAGUCAGCCUAUACAAAAUCCACUCAAAGUUCUAAGUCAAGAUUGCUGCGAAGACCGAUGCCUAGAUAGUCUUUCUAAAAAUGAUGUCGUUGAAUCUGAACGCAACUUCAAAAUGUUAUCAUCAGAACCCAAACAGUUGCAGUUUAUUCUGAACACUAUCCGUGAGCAUUCAUAUAUUAGGACAGUGAAAGGAAAGGUUGUGGUUGAAACUAAUCUUGUUCUAAAAGGUAAACGCGUUUGUCCGAAAGCAUGGCAGGUAGUUCAUAACGUCUCUGAAGAUCGCUGGAAAAGCUGUAAACAAAAGUUUAUUGAAGGUGUUAUAACAGUAACUCACAAAAAUCGUGGGAGAACUGGAUUCAGGGACAAAACAACUGCAGCAAUUGGCUGGAUGCAGUUUUUAUUUGAGCGUAUUGGGGACUAUAUGCCACACAGUUCUGAAAUUCAUUUACCCUGCUGCUAUUCAAAGACUUCUUUGCAUGCAAGAAUGAGAAGUGAAUUUCUUGAUAGAGGCAUUUCAGACAAUGGUAUUAUAUGUUAUGAUCAUUUUUCAAGAGUAUGGAAAAUGCACUUGUCAGAGUUUAAGAUUUGUAAGAAAAGUGGAUUUGCAAAAUGUGCUACAUGUACACAGCUGAAAGAACUGUAUGAAAAGGCUACCACUAACCAUGAAAGAGAAAGGAUUAAUCAUCUUCUUAAACUACACAUGGAGCAAGUAGAGAGAGAACGAAAGAGAUACCAUUAUCACAGAGAAAAAGCUGAAAAGGAACCUGAAGAAUUGUUAACAAUUAUCAUUGACGGCAUGGAUCAAAAUAAAACCAACUUGCCCAAUUUUAUGACAGAAGACAAAAGCAGCUCAAAUCUGUUGAAGCUACAAACACACAUUACUGGUUCCAUUGUCCACACUGGUGUCGCGAGUGGUAGAAUACCAUUUGCACAUAUUGAUUUAAAUCAAAUUCCUCACGACAGCAAUUUAACCAUGAACAUUUUGCUUGAAGUACUGAAAGAAGUAAAAAAUCAUUUGGCCAAGGUUUUGUACCUUCAACUAGACAACUGUUUUAGAGAGAAUAAAAAUCGUUUUUUAUUAUCUUUAAUGGAGUUAAUGGUGGAAAUUGAUAUCUUUGAAGAGAUAUAUGUAAGUUUCCUGCCAGUUGGCCACACCCACGAGAAUGUAGACCAAAUGUUUUCGAAGAUUUCAGCGAGACUACAACACAACAACACUUAUACACUGAAUGAUCUUGAGGACAUUGUGACUGCAUCGUACACACCACCAAUCAAGCCGCGCAGUUUAUCAAAGCAACCUUUAUUUAACAUAAAGGAGUGGUUGUUGCCCCACAUGUCAGGACGAAUGCAAGGGCAUUCCAAGCCACACAACUUCCGUUUCCAUAAAGUGCAGGGAAAAGCAUACAUGCAGUAUAGAUUAUGGUGCACUGACCCAUGGGAACCAACUACAAUAGAUGUUAAUGGUGAACAAGUGCCAGGGCUGAAAUGUCUGAAGACUUGGCGUUCGUUCAUCAAUCAUGGUGAAAGUUACCAUUCAGCAAGUUAUAUGGAUAUCGCGGUGGGCUUUCCAACGACAGAAGUAUAA